ACCUUCACGAUGAGCGCGAUCAACACCUUUGUGGCGAUGUGGCGCUUCCUGCUGACCCUCGGCCCCUCGGCCAUGGUCAUUCUGCUGCUGAACAAGGGCAUUCUUGACCAGCGGCCGGACAUUGUCGAUGAGCCGCAUCGCGUUCGUUCGAUACACAUUGAGGAUCUACGUGAUGUCUAUGACUUUGUGGUCAUUGGUGGCGGCUCGGCGGGCUGUGUUUUGGCCUCCCGGCUCUCCGAGAAUCCCGAAUGGAGUGUCCUGCUGCUAGAGGCUGGCGGGGAUGAGCCGCUGCUCAUUGAUUUGCCACAACUAUAUCCGGUUUUUCAGCGUAGUCCCUGGGAUUGGAAAUAUUUGACAGAGCCCUCGGAUCGCUAUUGUUUGGCCAUGGAGGAUCAGAGAUGCUUUUGGCCACGCGGCAAGGUCCUGGGCGGUUGCAGUUCCAUCAAUGCCAUGAUGUACAUAAGGGGUAAUCGAAGGGACUAUGACCAUUGGUCUGGCCUGGGUAAUCCUGGCUGGGAAUAUGGAAAUAUCUUGCACUAUUUCCGCAAGGCGGAGGACAUGCGAGUGCCUGGCUAUGAGCACAAUCCCUAUCAUGGCCAUGGGGGUCCUAUUUCCGUGGAGCGAUAUAGAUUUCCCUCCCCCCUGCUGAACAUCUUCAUGCGAGCCGCUCAUCAUCUCGGCCUUGUCCAUCGCGAUGGCGACUUCAAUGGCCACUCCCAGACGGGCUUUGCUCCGCCGCAUGGCACUCUGCGGGAUGGUUUGAGGUGCAGUGCCAACAAGGGUUAUCUCCGCCGCAGCUGGCAGCGUCCCAACCUGGACAUUGUGCUCAAAGCCUUUGCCGAGCGUUUGAUCAUCGAUCCCCAGUCAAGGCGUGCCCAGGGUGUGAUCUUUGAGCAUGGUCUUCUCAAGCACCAGGCCUUGGCUAGGAGAGAGGUCAUUCUGGCCGCUGGAGCCUUGGCCAGUCCGCAGCUAUUGAUGGUCAGCGGUGUGGGUCCACGGGAGCAGCUGGAACCACUGGGCAUACCUGUAAUUCAGCAUCUACCCGGUGUUGGUGGCAAUCUUCAGGAUCACAUCUCCACCUCGGGUGCCAUUUACACCAUCCAAAGUGGCCUCAAUCGACCCCUGUCCUUUAUUGUACCCGAAAUGAUGAACGAGGAGGCGGUGGAGGAGUUUCUGGAGCGCAGGGAGAGCUUCUUUUAUGCCAUGCCCGUCAGCGAGGUGAUGGGAUUUGUGAGCACAAAGUAUCAGGAUCCCCGGCUGGACUGGCCUGAUGUCCAGCUGUUUAUGGGCAGCUAUGGUUAUGGAGCGGACGGCGGAAUGGUCGGUCGCCGUGGAGCAGCCAUCACCCUGGAGAACUAUGCCGAUACCUUUGAGCCGGUGCUGUAUCAGGACUCCUUUGUGAUUGCCCCGCUGGUGAUGCGUCCCCGUUCCAGAGGUUACCUGCAGAUCAAGUCGGCGGAUGCCAAGGUUCAUCCGCUGAUUCAUGCCAACUACUAUGACGAUCCCCAUGAUAUGGCCGUAAUGGUGGAGGGUCUGAAGAUGGCCCACCGGCUCACCCAGACCCCGGUGAUGCAGUCCCUCAAUGCCACGAUGAAUAUCUACGAGUGGCGCAACUGCCCGGAGGUGGAGUAUCUGAGUGAUGCCUUUUGGGAGUGCCUGGCCAGGUUCUAUUCGCAGACCAUCUACCAUCCGGUGGGUACUUGCAAAAUGGCUCCCGCCUCCGAUCCCGCGGGCGUUGUGGAUCCCCGGUUGCGGGUUCGCGGCAUCCGAAAUCUUCGAGUGAUAGAUGCGAGCAUCAUGCCCACCAUACCCACGGGCAACACGAAUGCUCCCACCCUGAUGGUGGCGGAGAGAGGAGCGGAUAUGAUCAAGGAGGACUGGCGGCACUACAGGGACGGUGGUUGGGGUUAAUUUGGGGUCUUUGUAUUAUAUAUAUCGAGAGGAAAAGCCCGAUCAUAUAUCGACAAAAAUAUCGAAAUCAAUGUAGAAAGUUUGAUGUGUAGCAUUUUUAGGUAUCGAAAUAUAUCGCUUUUUGUGUUAAAAUAUUAUUAUUAUUGAUAAAAUAUACAUUUGAAUUUUAGAAUAUCGUAAAAAUAUCGACUUUAAAUAUUACCGAUUCAAAAUAUAUACAAUAAAAUAUAUAUAUCGUAAAGAGUGACCUAUCGAAUUUUAGAAUAUUGGAAAAUAUUGUUUUUAAACUUUUAAAUAAAAUCGAUGAAAUAUAAUAUAUCGAUAAAACUAUCGAGAUCAAUGAUAUAUUGCAUUUUAUGUAUCGAAAUAUAUCGCUUUUUUGUGUUAAAUUAAAUUUCGACAUAAAAAAUAUCGAUAUUUUAUGGCAUCCCUAAUCUAAGGAUCCCCUCUCAACUUUCCCACAAUAAAUGUUUCUUUAUAAAGUCACCUUCAAUGUCUUAUUUCUCACUUAAAUCCAGAAAACACUGUUGGAAAAUCCUCUUAUGUUUAAAUAAGUUCUUAAGAACCCUGACAAAAAAUAGUUUAAAGUAAUUAUUAAACAACUCUCGGCAAAGAAUACUUAAAGAUCACAGAGCGGCAAGGAAAU